AGGAGUAUACCAGACAAGAAAACAUGAUUGUGAGCGAAAGUCAUACACCCAUAUAUGAUCUACCCACGUUUCUGAAAUAUCGGAGUUCAGUUGAUACCAGUUGUGGAAACUUAUCUAAUUGUGUUCCAAUAUCCACAUCGACUCGCAGGAGACGCAGGACCGUUUAUACGCCUCACCAGUUAUUGGAACUCGAAAGACAAUUUUUGGAAUCGAAUUACUUAACCAGGGUAACCAGGAUGAAAUUGGCAUCAUCACUGAAUCUUCCAGAGAAGCAAAUCAAGAUAUGGUUUCAGAACAGAAGAAUGAAGGAUAGAUUAUCAGUUGACAGCAGUCCUUCCAUGACUAGCACAAAUAAUGUUCCUGUUGAUAUUCUCAAUCACUCUUCUCAGACACAUUCAUUACCAAUGUAUCUGGACGGAUCUCUCAAAACAGAAAGCAACCAUAUGGAGGAUGCUUGUAUUCAAUCAUUUGACCUCUCAUAUUUUCUAGAUGAAGAAUCACAUCAAGCUACUCAUAAUGAAUCUCCUAGGCUCAUUUCACAUUCUCCACAAAGCCAUUCAGACAUUUCCCAUUCUGAUUCUGAUAUUUCCAUACUAUCUGGUACGAACACACCAUCACCGUUACCAUAUUUAAAAUAUGAAAUAUACAAAGUUGACCAGAUAGAUCAAUCUAUUCACAGUGGAGUGAAUCAAUUUUUUUCUCAAUGUAUGGAUAGUGAAUCCUGUCAGAUUCCUCAAUCGAUAGAGAGUGAAAGCAAUAAUAUGCCUGUUUCUCCAGUAUGUUCCUUCCAGUCGAAUGAUAGCGGUCGUGAUAGUUCUGCAACAAUUGCUAGUUUUUUUGAUGAUCUCAUGUCGAUAUCAAAAUAUAUUCAGGAAAAUCCAGAUUUGGUCGAGAAUAUAAGGAUGAAUAGUAAUCUAGAUUUGGAAAAUAUGACUGUUAGGCAACUGAUGGAGAUUUUUCAAUUGUAGGUAGAUACUAUCUGUGUAAUCUUUUUUCCUGAUCUCUACCUCAUACCUUAUUUUUUCAAUUUGUAAUCACAGGCAAAAAAACUGGCCACUAUGAUUCGAGGUGAUGAAUAUUCGGUGCCGGUGAACUUAAUGGAAUAUUUCAUGAUGGCAGUUUUUUUUGCCGGUGAGUAUGCAAGCGUUAUUUUCGACCUAGGAAUCAUUUCUCGGAAUGAACUGAUGUUGGGGUAUUUGAAAUGUUAGUGAUUAUUGGGGAAACUAGGAUUGUCUUAUGUGAAAUAACGAAUCGUAGAAAUGUAUUCAACGAUAAUACUUCAUGUCGAUGAGGAACCCUAGAUUUUUUCAGGUACCAUUGUAAUGAGGGUACCCUAGCCCAUAUUAUUUUAAUCCUUGUACAUGUACAUAUCUGUAUGAAUACCCAACUAAUAUUAUAGUUUAUGACGUGGUAUUUUAUUAGUCC